UACAAUAGCCUUCGAUCCUUACAGUAGUCCAUAGGAGGGCUAAACUAAAGGCAACUUGUGUACACAUUUUUGGCUUAUAGUGUAGGAAAAUGUUCACAAAAUACACUCUGUUUAUUUUAUGACUGAAUAACCCGGAGAAUUCGAGAUCAUAUUAUCACAUUCAAGAAUAAAAAAAGCAGUAGACGCGGUUUAGUGUUUACUCUGAUGACUCAUAUAACAAUGUCCUACUCGAUGCAACUGCUUCACGACAAACAGCUGUGUGCCUGUGCGCGUAUUUUGCUUCCUGGUUGCUCGUGGCAAGCUGCGACAAGUGACAGAAGGGAAACGCCAUGAAUUGGUUCUUGAUUAUCGUGCUUUUGGUCUCAUCAAUCCACGAUUUUAUCGCGGCGGAGUGUCACUGUAACACCAUUACUGCCUGCACCGAGUUCCCCUCUACCCCUUGUAGCCAGGUCGGCAGUCCAGACAGAUGUCAGGAUGGGUGGUUUGGUCCGUACUGUCAGAAACAAAAUGUUGCCAGAGGAAGGCCUGCCAACCAAACAAGUACCUACGGGGAAUACAUAAGUCGGCCACUUUACAAAUAUUCUUUCACCGCAGAACAUGCUGUAGAUGGCGGGGUUAAUACAGGUUUCUAUAGCGAGCCAUAUACAUGUUCUCACACACUGCAACAAAUGCUCCCUAUGUGGACUGUGUACCUGAACACGUCCAGCACGGAAAGGAUUCACCACAUUAAACUUUAUCUGCGUCAUGACCAUAGAGCCCGAGACAAAGGCAUGCAGAUACUUGUGGGUGAACAAAUGUGCUACAACUGGUCACAGAAUGUCACUCCUUCGUCAGUCGUUGACGUUACCUGUCGACAACCUCUUGCGGGAAACAAGGUCACCAUACAAAUACCAAGAAGGACCUUCGUGACCCUGUGUGAGGUGUUGAUAUUUGUUUGUAGUGACGGCUGGUUUGGAGAUGACUGUGAACAAGAGUGUAACUGUCUUAAUAGCACAGAAACAUGUGACAAGAUUACUGGCGCGUGUUCAAGUGGUUGUCGCCCAGGGUUUAAUGGUACAGAUUGCCUAACACUCUGCAGUGACGGCUGGUUUGGUGAUGGCUGUGGAGAACGAUGCAAUUGUCUUAAUAGCACAGAAACAUGUGACAAGAUUACUGGCGCGUGUUCAAGUGGUUGUCGCCCGGGGUUUAAUGGUACAGAUUGCCAAACACUAUGUCCAGACGGUUUCUAUGGUACCAACUGUGCUCUUAGAUGUGGAAACUGUAUAAAUGAUGUCAAAAUGUGCAACAGGUCAACCGGGGCAUGUCCUAGAGGAUGUACAGCAGGAUGGCUCGGUGAAACAUGCCUGCAGUCAUGUAGUGUCGGUAUGUAUGGCGUAAACUGUACGUCAGAAUGCCAGCAUUGUCUGAACUUCCAAUGUAACAACAGGGACGGAAGCUGCAUUGACGGCUGUAUUGGAAAUUUUUCAAUGCCAUUGUGUCAGGACUGCCUCUCAACUCACUACGGAGAAGCAUGUAAUGAAACAUGUGGCAAGUGUCAGGGUAAUACCCCAUGUGAGAGAUUGUCUGGAGAGUGUCCUGGGGGUUGUUUAUCGGGCUAUGACCAAACAGAUCUUAUCUGUCGGACGGAAGCUCAAUCGCAGUCUCCUGUUGCUGUGAUCCCGAUAGUUGGAGGAGGAAUAGCAGUAAUGUUGGUCAUCGCUGUUUUUUUAGCAGCAGUCGUCAUCUACAGAAGGAGACGGAGAAUAACUGAAGACAAAGGAGAACCAGAAAUACAUAAACGAGAGUGUCUGCACUCUCAAUAUGACGUGAUUACAAUGGUGGAAAGUUCAACUUCUGGCGAACAAUUGCAUGUAUAUGCAAAUGAGGGACCUCCACUGGAUGAUGGACAUGCUGGGGCAUUCCAUGAACCUUCCCUGGAUGAUGGAUCUGGUAGGGCAUUACCAAGACCUCAACUAGAUGAUACACAUGCUGGAGCAUUGCAUGAACCUCCACUGGAUGGUGGAUCUGGUAGGGCAUUACCAAGACCUCUACUAGAUGAUGGACGUGCUGGAGCAUUGCAUGAACCUCCGCUGGAUGACCGAUCUGGUAGGGCUUUACCAAGACCUCAACUAGAUGAUGGACAUGCUGGAGCAUUGCAUGAACCUCCGCUGGAUGACCGAUCUGGUAGGGCAUUACCAAGACCUCAACUAGAUGAUGGACGUGCUGGAGCAUUGCAUGAACCUCCGCUGGAUCAUGGAUCUGGUAGGGCAUUACCAAGACCUCAACUAGAUGAUGACCCUUCUUGGGCAAACUCAGGACCUCUACUAGAUGCUGAUGACGAGGACGCCAUGUUUUCUGUGGAAACUGAUGUAGACGUAGAUACCGAGGCAGCUGCUACUUACUACAACUGGAUACCUCCUCAUAUGAUGCUGGAUAAACUGCCCCAGUGCAUCAUGGAUAAAAAGAAGAAAUCAUUUGAAGUAGAAUUCCAGGCCAUUCCUUAUGGGGCAAGGCGACCCCAUGUGGUUGGAAAGAGACCAGAAAACAAGAAGAAGAACCGCUUUGUCGCCCUGUAUUCUUAUGAUCACUCGAGAGUGGUGCUGACGGAAGGGGCUGACGAUUAUAUCAACGCUAACUACAUCAAAGGACACGAUGACAAUCUCAAGUACAUAGCAACACAAGGCCCAACACCUGUUACGAUCACUGACUUCUGGCAGAUGAUAUGGCAAGAGAAUGUCACGGAAAUCGUCAUGUUGACAAACCUGAUGGAAAAGAAAAAAAAAAAGUGUGAACAAUACUGGCCUGCUGAAUACGAGAGUGACUGCUAUGGAGACUUCAGCAUAACCAACAAGAAGGCAGUCGCGAGAGCUGACUACACCACAGCAACCUUUCUGGUUCGAAAAUCUACUGAAGAGAGAGUAGUGAGACACUUCCACUUCACCUCUUGGCCAGACCAUGGUGUCCCCUCCGCCCCAGCCCUCGUCAACUUCUGGAGAAUGGUCAAACAGGAAGGCGCGAAAGGCAGACCCAUGGUCAUUCAUUGCAGCGCUGGUGUUGGCCGGACAGGGACAUUCAUUGCUCUUGAUCAUCUGAUGGAUGAGGCUGAGAAUGAAAACAAAGUCAACGUGUUUAUGUGUGUUAGCAAGAUGAGAGAAGACCGGAUGAACAUGGUCCAAACAAUGAGCCAGUAUGAGUUCGUGCACGAUGUUGUGUUGGAAGCAAUUCGUAGUCGGGGAACGUUCUUCACGUCGCCGGAGUUCGAAAAGGAAUUUGGUCAAGGGAAGACCUUUACUGACACACAGGAAACCAAACUGAGAAAACAGUUUCAGUUACUGCAAGAAAGUACAUCCAGGCUGUCAGAGGAGACAGUGUCGACAGCUCUUCUACCUCAGAAUGCUGCUAAAAACAGGAGCCGAACUAUUCUUCCAGGAAACAAGACGAGGCCUCAUCUGACCACACGGGUUCACCAGCGCAAUAACUACAUUAAUGCUGUAGUUUUGUCUUCUAUACUCCGGCCCAGCAGCCUGAUAGUCACCCAGACGCCCCUGCCAGACACCGUGGUGGACUUCUGGAGACUGGUGUACGACCAUGACUGCUGCACAGUUAUCUGCCUGGAUCACUCUAAGGAGGUAGAGAACGUGUACCCUAAAGAAAACCAAAACUUCAAGAAAGGACCGUUCACAAUUGUACUUGAGAAGGAGAAUUCAAACAGGGAGGGUUACACAGAGAGAAGCCUUACCGUUCUGUAUGACAAGGAGGGUUGUGAGCGAUCCGUCGUCGUGUUCAGUCUCAAGUCUCGGGACAUGAUGUCCCACCCUGCCACACUACUGGAGCUGGUCAACAGCGUGCACAUGGUCAUCACUUCCGCCGAUCACAAAGUCCUUGUCCACUGCCAUGACGGCGCCAGUGUGAGCGGCGUUUUCUGCAGUGUCCUCAACAUCAUCAGCAGACUGAGGCUGGACAGAGAUGUGGACAUCUUCCUCUCCAUCAGGGAACUGCAAUGUGUCAGGCCUCAGUUCAUACAGUCCUUUGAGGAUUACCAACUGUGUUACAGCAUCGUGAAGGAAUACAACCGCGACGCCAGCAUCUACGCCAACGUGUGAUGAGUACGACAACGUACGACGAGUACGACAACGUAUGUGUCAUGACAUUUUCCGACCCCUUGAACAUGACGAUCGCCCUCCUACAAGACUGCAUGCUGAUCUUAUCCACAGUACAAAGUGUUCAAAACUAUGUGUGUUUAUGGUUGAUCAAACUUGAGGAAAGUUUUAUUUCUCUACAAUCGUGUGAAAAACAAUGCACCGACUGUUUGAAAUGGUGAACUACAUCUGUUGUAUAUUUGAUUACAUUUGAUGGGUUUUUUAUUACUCUGUUAACAAAGUAAUAAUAUCGUGUAAACAUCACGAUAAAUGUUAUAACAAGAGCAAGCCUAAUGUCAGCCUCGUUGGUCAAUAUUCAUUUAAUGCCCCUGUGAAUAUAGUUUUUAUGGACAUGUGUCGCGUAUUGUUUUGUAGGUAGCACGUACUUCAUCCCACUUAACAUGUAUACCAUGCAAAACAUUGAUGUUACAUAUCAGUUUGGGGGGCACGGGUGGCCCCGUCGUCUAAGGCGCCGCGAUUCGCUGUGCAGAGUUGCGUCCCCUGGACAAGCCAGAAACC